AUGUCUUAUCCUCAGUCACUAAUUGAAAACGCUACCCUUACUCACAACCAACACCGCACCAUCACUAUGGCUGCCUGCUCCACCUCUCUCUCCGCCACCUUCUCCCUUUCCUUCCGCCAGAACCACCCAUCUCGCCUCUCUUCUCUCCACCCCUCCUUUGCCCCAAAACAGCCAAAAACACCAUUCUCCCUCCCCCUCAAACUCACUCCAAUCAAAGCCAACCCUUCCGACAUCGACACCACAUACUUUGACACNAUCAAAGCCAACUCUUCCGACAUCGACACCACAUACUUUGACACAACUGACCCAGAAGAAAUCUCGACAUUCAGCCCCCCGGAACGCCCUGAAGACUUCGUCCCACCACCCUCCUUCGACGAAGGCCCAUUCGAGUCAGAGGACGAGAUUGCCAGGGCCUACGAGGAAUUAUACGGCGCUGCGUACAGCGGAGAGACUUUUCUUGGUAAUGAUGUGUAUUCAAUGGACUCUAAAGUGAAGAAAACAACUGGGUUUGGUUCUAAAUCGAAGAAAGAAAAAAUCAGAGAUGGAUUUGAGGAGAGAGUUGUGCAGGUUAGGAGGGUGACUAAAGUGGUAAAGGGAGGGAAGCAAUUGCAUUUUAGGGCUGUUGUUGUGGUAGGUGAUAAGCAGGGGAAUGUUGGGGUUGGAGUAGGCAAAGCUAAGGAAGUAAUUGGUGCUGUACAAAAAUCUGCUGUUAAUGCCAGGAGGAAUAUCAUUACAGUUCCCAUGACCAAGUACAAGACUUUCCCCCACAGAUCUGAGGCAGAUUAUGGGGCAGCUAGAGUUAUGCUUCGACCUGCUUCCCCAGGUACGGGAGUUAUUGCUGGAGGUGCCGUAAGGAUCGUUUUGGAACUGGCUGGGGUUGAAAAUGCAUUGGGAAAACAACUUGGUAGCAACAAUGCUCUCAACAAUGCACGAGCGACGGUUGUCGCUGUGCAGAAAAUGAGGCAAUUCAGUGAAGUGGCUGAAGAGCGUGGCAUCCCUAUGGAAGAACUUUGGAAGUGA